AUGAUUGAAUCUCAAAGGCAUUCUUUUCAUUUGGUAGAUCCAAGUCCAUGGCCUAUUUCGGGUUCACUCGGAGCUUUGGCAACGACCGUAGGAGGUGUGAUGUACAUGCACUCAUUUCAAGGGGGUGCAACACUUCUAAGUUUGGGCCUUAUUUUUAUCCUAUAUACCAUGUUUGUAUGGUGGCGUGAUGUUCUACGCGAAUCCACGUUAGAAGGACAUCAUACCAAAGUCGUACAAUUAGGACUUCGAUAUGGUUUUAUUUUGUUCAUCGUAUCGGAGGUUAUGUUCUUUUUUGCUUUUUUUUGGGCUUUUUCUCAUUCUUCUUUGGCACCUGCGGUAGAGAUCGGAGGUAUUUGGCCCCCAAAAGGGAUUUGGGUUUUAGAUCCUCGGGAAAUCCCUUUUCUUAAUACCCUUAUUCUUCUUUCAUCCGGAGCUGCCGUAACUUGGGCUCAUCAUGCUAUACUCGCGGGGAAGCAAAAACGAGCAGUUUACGCUUUAGUAGCUACCGUUUUACUGGCUCUAGUCUUCACUGGCUUUCAAGGAAUGGAAUAUUAUGAAGCACCCUUCACUAUUUCGGAUAGUAUUUAUGGUUCUACCUUUUUCUUAGCAACAGGCUUUCAUGGUUUUCAUGUGAUUAUAGGUACUCUUUUCUUGAUUAUAUGUGGUAUUCGCCAAUAUUUUGGUCAUCUGACCAAGGAACAUCACGUUGGCUUUGAAGCAGCUGCAUGGUACUGGCAUUUUGUAGACGUGGUUUGGUUAUUCUUAUUUGUCUCUAUCUAUUGGUGGGGAGGUAUAUGAAGGAACGAAUCAGUGGAUUGAAGAAUGAAAGCUCGAAGACAAAGAGAAUCGAAUCGGGCUUUUCCAAAGAAUUACUGCAGCUUUCCCACUCCCUUUGAUUAUCAUAUACAAAAAAGUCUCUUCCACUUUCCUACCCAAUCUCUCUGUAUUCUGGCACAUAAAUGAAGGAAUCGAAGAGAUUAUGGCAGAUCAUGUUCACCAAGAAAUGACCCGAAAUUGGAUCUUGGUCUAUUUGAGAUUGUUUUUUUUAAUCGUAAUCAAAGAUGUUUUCUUGUCUCUCGUUUCUU